AAUCUGAUUUUUGAAUUUUGAAUCUAUUUUUAUUUUUCACAAUUAUGAUUUCUUAACAUUAUACGCUAUACAAACAAAAAAUAUGUUAAUAAAAGCAGUUUGGACAAAGUUUAAACCUCAAAAACAUAUGCGAGUAGAAGCAUUAGGUAGUUUAACCCUGAAAUUUCUAGAUGUUAGUUAUCAGCACUGAAUCCUUAAAUUAAAUAUAAAAAUAGAAAGUUGCAUAGGAAAACGAAUUACUAAGCUUCAGUGGUGCAUCUGGAUCAUACAGGAUAAAACUGUAUGAGAAAUGUAUUAUUUAGAAAUUAGUAGUGUGCAGAGGGUUUGGCAUUAGGAGACAUUCUAAAAUCCAAAUGGUUGGAUGGAGCACAUCACAUAAAAAUCUAAACCAGUUUGAUUUUAUGGUAGCAGGUGGAAUAUCCGGUUUUAUUACCAGAGCCAUAUGCCAGCCCCUAGAUGUCCUUAAGAUAAGAUUUCAACUCCAGGUAGAGCCAAUAUCAGAAAAUGCGCACACUGCAAAAUACAGGUCUGUGCCACAGGCUAUCACCCUAAUUCUUAAAGAAGAAGGUGUAAAGGCAUUCUGGAAAGGCCAUGUUCCGGCCCAGUGGCUUUCUGUUAGCUAUGGAGUCGUUCAGUAUUGGAGUUAUGAAAUUUUGGUGCGAAAUGUUAGUAAAAAUUUAGAUAUUUCACCUCACUGGAUACCUGUAGUCAAUUUUUCUUGUGGAUCUAUUGCAGGCAGUGUCGCAACAUUAGUUUCAUUUCCAUUUGACGUUGUAAGGACGAGAUUUGUUGCCCAAAGUGAACACAAGAAGGUGUAUCACACCAUGCUAUCAGCCACCAUAAAAAUAUACCAGACGGAAGGCCCUUUGGUGCUAUUCCGAGGGUUAUGGCCCACAAUAUUGCAAGUGGGACCCCAUGCAGGGGCGCAGUUUAUGUUUUAUCGUAUGUUUCAUGAUCUGUACAAUCGCAUAAGCAAAUCGGAAAGCACCACUUUUACUAGCAGUGUCUUCGCUGGGAGUUUAGCUGGCUUAUGUGCAAAAACUGUCAUAUACCCAUUUGAUUUAGUCAAGAAACGUCUACAGAUCCAGGGUUUUGGUUAUGCAAGAGAACAGUUCGGACAGCAUUUUACCUGUAGAGGGCUGACAGAUUGCCUGAAAAAGAUUUAUAAAAUUGAAGGUCCUUGGGGAUAUUUUAAAGGACUCUCUCCCAGUUUGAUAAAGGCUGUGUGUACAACCGCUUUACACUUUAGUAGUUAUGAAAUGAUUUGUAAGUUUUUGGUAUUAAUUAGGGAAAAAAGUUAGGUUAAUUAGCAAUCAUAAUAAAACGUGGAGAUUAAGAUAAAUGGAGGGGAAGAUAUAAUGAAAUAGGUGCUUAAAGUGUUAUAUUUUAUGCUUACAUGGGGGAUAUUGGAAAUCAUAGGCUGUUAGUACAAUUAGGAAGUAGGAAGAAACCUGUUUUGUACCUGCAGCUAAAAGUUUAGGAUAAAAAAUUAGUAUAUGUUUUUUGAAUUCUAAGACUUGUGUCUAGUCAUUCAGGGUGAUACUGUUUUAUUAUUAAUUACAUGAUAAUAAAUGUAAGUUGCAAUUUGAA